AUGUGAUGACAGAGAACUUCUAUUAAUUUAGACAAAUAGUCUAGAAAUAAAUAUUUCUAUAAAAGACCUGUACUCAUCCUUGAUGUGAAUUAGCAUGCAUUCAAUUGUUAGAUUGAAGUCUAUGGACCAGUUCUGUUAAUGAAGGUUGUUAAUUACUUUAAAUGGAAUGGUGAAUUCUGAGGAAGAAGCAGCUGGUGUGUUGAGCCACUUCUAACUGAGGACCGAAAAUGCCAGCAGUUGAAAGUGAGGCAAAGGCAAAAACCAAAGUCCGUUUUGAGGAAAUCUUCAGACGUCAUGCUGGCCUAACAGACACAAAGAAAUCAAAGAAAAAGAAGCUUCACUCUCAAGAGAAUAUUGUGCUUGAGACCUUUAGAAGUAAUAUUGAUCUAGCUAAGGAAAGCGUGAAUGAUGAAGCAAUUAUAAACAACACAUAUAAUCCUGAAGAAGAGAGUCCCCGAUUUACAAAAAAUAAACUGAGAGAGAAAGCCUCAAUUGCAGAGAAAAUAAACAAUGAUAUUGUUAGUGGAGAGGAGAACAAGCAAUCAAAGUCUAACAAGAAGAAAAAGAAAUCACUGUUACAAGAACAAUUUAAUGAGGAGGAAAAUUUACAUGAAGCUAAAUUGGAGAGUUUUGAGAAAAAGAUUAAUGAUUUUCCAAAGAAGAAAACAAAAAGUAAAUCACAAACAGAAGUACCUCAUCAAGAAGGUGAUAGAAAGAUUAAAAAUUCCUUGACUGAAGCGAGAAAUGCAACUGAAUUAGAAGAGGAAGAAGAGCUAAUUCGAGCCUAUCAGCUGCAUGUGGCCGAGGAUGAGGCAAAUGCAAUUAAAAAGAAAAUAAGAAUGAAACUUAAAGAACAGAUGUCUGAAUUUACCUCCAGUGUUCAAAGCCAUGAAGUUGUAUUGAACAACGAAGUGGGCAAAAAGAAGAAAAAGAAGAAAGAAAUAGCAAUUUUAAGUGAAGCUGAAACAAGUGCAAUGUCCCUUUCUGAGCUACAGCAUCAUCCAGCAGAAGAUGGCAAUGAAAAUCAGUCAUUGGAAAGACUAUUUACAUCAGAAGGACAGAAACUGCAGGAAAGCAUGGAAAAACAGAAGCCGAAAGCAAAGAAGGUUAAAAAGAAAACCAGAAAAGAAGAAAAUACAGAAAUUGCUGCAGAAAAUGACGAGGAAAUGAAGAAUUCAGAAGUUUCGACUCAGUCUAAAUUUGGUUUUGGUGAUGAUCUUGUGUUGGGAGUUUAUAUUCAUCGAUCUGAUAGACUUAAAACUGAUCUCCUGGUAUCUCAUCCCAUGGUUAAAAUCCAUGUUGUUGAUCAGAGAAGUGGCUUAUACGUCAAGAAGGAUCAUAGCAGGAGGAAAGUUUCAUCUUGUUAUGAACAAGAACAAAUAGAGCACAUUCUUCCUAUUAUGACACAACCAUAUGACUUCAGACAGUCUAAAUCAACAAUUCCAGAGUGGGAGGAACAAGUCAUAUUUAAUGAGCGUUUUAGUUAUUUUAUUCAAAAUACUGAAGAAAGCCCUUGGGUAAUCCUGUUUUUUGAGAUCCUUGAUUUUCUAAGUAUGGAUGAAGUGAGAGCCAACUCUGAUGUACAAAUUCAGGAACGUGGUUUCCGAAAAAUUUGUUGGGCAUUUCUAAAGCUUGUAGGUGCCAAUGGAGUUCAAAACAUUGAUGGAAAACUCCGUCUGCAAUUAUAUUACCCACCCCCAAGGACCAAGUCACAUUCAAAUGUUGUUGAGGUUUAUGACUGGUGGGCAAAAUGUCCUAGAAAUCGUUACCCAUCAACUUUAUAUGUGACCGUAAGAGGCAUAAAACUGCCAGAUCAUGUUGCUCCUUCUUUCUGCUCCAUGGUAGCAGUUCAGCAGGAACAAAGUAGUGCAACGCUGUGUGAGCUCCAGAGAGAGGGAUCUAAAAAAUCAUGUGAACCUUUUCCAGAGGAGAAAAAGGAGCCAUUUAAAUGGACAAGAUUGCCUGGACAGGUUUGCCGCAUACCGAACAAGCAUCUGUUUUCACUGCGAGGUGGAGAUAUGGGUUGUUUCUGUAUUCGUUUCUCUCAUGAUGGGAAAAUGCUGGCAGCAGCAUGUGCAGGAACAAACGGCUAUCCCAUUGUUUUAUAUGAAGUUCCUUCUGGACAGUUCCUGAGAGAAUUUUAUGGUCACCUUAACAUAGUGUAUGAUCUUUGUUGGUCAAAAGACGAUCAAUAUCUUCUUACUGCAUCCUCUGAUGGCACUGUCAGAAUGUGGAAAAUAGAAAUGCAGGCGGCAUCUGCAGUGAGAGUUUUCCCUCAUCCUUCAUUUGUUUACACUGCAAAGUACCACCCAAUUGCUGACUGGUUGGUCGUGACAGGAUGUUAUGACUCAGUGAUUAGAAUCUGGAAUGCAAAUGUGAAAGAAAUCCAUGGGCAACUGCUACAGGAGCUUGAUGGUCACAAAAGUUUCAUCAACACCCUUUGUUUUGAUGCAGAAGGGCUCCAUAUGUUCUCAGGAGAUAGUUCAGGACUGAUAAUAGUUUGGGAUACAUCUGUCAAAGGAAGUUUUCAACACUGGAGGAUUAAUAAGGAAAUAAAAGAAAAUGAUAUUAAAGGAACACCAAUAAAUCAUUUGGAGGUGCAUCCAAAUGGAAGGCGUUUAUUAAUCCACACCAAAGACAGUACUGUGAGAAUCAUGGAUCUCAGAAUCUUGGCUACAAAGAAAUACAUAGGAGCCACAAAUUACAGAGAAAAGAUUCACAGCACCUUAACACCAUGUGGUACGUUCCUAUUUUCUGGAAGUGAAGAUGGAAAGGCUUAUGUUUGGAAUCCAGAAACAGGAGAUCAGGUGGCCAUAUAUUCUGAACUCUCCUUCACAUCUCCACUUCGUGAUGUUGCCUUUCAUCCACAUGAACACAUGGUGUCAUUUUGUGCCUUUGGUCAAAACCAGCCAAUACUUGUAUACAUUUAUGAUUAUAAAGUUGCACAACAGGAAGCUGAACUCGUAAAAGAUCUCAGUUCAUCGCUUACCACAGCUGCACCAAGAGGACCACAAUUCUUUAGCAGUUUUUCUGAAGUUCCUAUGCAAAAAAGUUCAGUGAUGUCUCCGGCAGAUCAGUUUGUCAGUGUUGCUAGAGCAUCAGUGAGAAUGCAGAAGGUGAAACAAAAACUUGAUUCUGUUAUGGCGAGCUCAAAUCUCUUGCUUCCUGCGCCAUCAUCACUGUCACCACACUCCAAGCUAAGACUGCCAGGCACUCUGAGCACUCCACUGAAUCCUCUGUAUUCUUUCACUACUGAAAGUGGGUGUUUCAGCCCAGUAGGAAAUCCUCUUAGCCGAACACUAUUGGGUAGACUACAGACGGUAGUGGCUCUUUAUGACUACACAGCGCAUCGAUCAGAUGAGCUAACCAUCCAUCGCAGUGACAUUAUCCAAGUGUUAUACAAAGAUAAUGAUAACUGGUGGUUUGGCAGCCUAGCAAAUGGACAGCAAGGCUAUUUUCCAGCUAAUUAUGUGGCUGGUGAAAACAAAUAUGAAGAGGAACCUUCAGGAUUAGUACCAGAUUCUGCUCCUCUCCUACCUGAAGGGCCAAGAGAAGCAGAGGAAGGUUCUCCAACACUACAUAAGAUGUCACCAGUCAUCAGUAAGUCAGGGGACCUAAAAUUUAGCUUGGAGCGUGACAUAGAUAGAGACUCACCUGCAACACAAAGUGCAAAGAAAAAGAAGAAAAGGAUACAGAAGAAUGAGAUAGAAAAUCAGCACAACUUAAUGGGUGUUGAUACUCCUGUAUCAUCAGUUACAGCUAAUGGUGUUGAAAAUGAACCUACAGCCCAUGGGGUAGAAUUGAAGAAGAAGAAAAAGGCAGUGAGAGGCUCAAACUUUAGCACAAAUGGAAAGACAAAUACUGCCUUUGAGCCUGAAUGCAAUGACGUUUAGUCACAAUUCAAUUCUAAGUACUGCUGUGAUAUUCAGUAUACACAUUGAAGGCUACAACUAUGAUCUCACUUCUAGGAUUAACAAGAAACAAAGAAGUUAAAAUACUCAAAUAUGCAAAAUGGCAGCAGUUGUGACUUACCAAUAGUGUAAACCAGUUUUGGAAGACUUUUGCCCUGGGUUCCAUGAAAUCAACAGAACUUGAAUGUUCAGCUCCUCACCGGACUGGUAAAAUCUGAAACCGACUUUCAUAAGCUUUUUAAAAAUAUUUUCCUGACAUCAAAUAUUCAUUUGGACUGCAUUUUGCAGCUCUGAAGUGAAUUGUUGAGUAACUACCUAUGCAACUACAUUGUCUUCAGUGGGACUACUCAUGCUUACCAAUGUAAAUGGGUUGCAAAUUCCAGGCAGUUAUAUGUUUCAUAUGAGGUUUUCUGCACAUAAUAAAGGUGCAUUGCAGUUUUUUCAAGAGUUCAUGGCUGCUUUGGCAGCAGUCUUGCCAAAUAUACUUUCUUUUGUCUGAAUGGAAUAUUUCAUAUCCAACUGUGCUGUUUGUUUUACUUGUUGUUCUUAUUCACUUGUAAGUGUCUUUAAUCUAUUUUUUGCUUGAGUAUUAUGUUGUGAACUUUUACUGAUGACUUCACUAAUUAUCUACAGUCCUAAAUAAUUUAUG